CAGCUUGCAAUGGCAGUGGCAGCGUCGACGAUGCAGGUCGAGCAGGACCUCCCCGGCUUCCGGUUCCACCCGACGGAGGAGGAGCUCCUCGGCUUCUACCUCCCCCGCGCGGCCUCCGGUAAGAAGCUCCACGGCGACAUCAUCGGCACCCUCAACAUCUACCGCCACGAUCCAUGGGACCUCCCAGAGAUGGCCAAGAUCGGGGAGAGGGAGUGGUACUUCUUCGUGCCACGUGACCGGAAGGCGGGGAGCGGCGGCCGGCCGAACCGGACGACGCAGCGCGGGUUCUGGAAGGCGACGGGGUCGGACAGGGCCAUCCGGAGCACCGCCGACCCCAAGCGGGUCAUCGGGCUCAAGAAGACGCUCGUCUUCUACCAGGGCCGCGCGCCAAGGGGCACCAAGACGGACUGGGUGAUGAACGAAUACCGCCUCCCCGACGCCGGCACCGCCGCGGCGGGGCCGCCCAUGGAGGACAUGGUGCUGUGCAAGAUAUACCGGAAGGCUACGCCGCUCAAGGAGCUCGAGCAGAUGGCCUCCGCGAUGGAGGACAUGAUGAUGCAGAGGCCCAGCGGCUGCGGCGGCGUGGCGAGGACGUCUCUGGUUCCGGCCACAGCCGGCCACGACUACGUAUCAUCGUCCGACCACGUCCAGGACAAUUUCCUGUUCCACUCCUCUUCGUCAUCGUCAGCGGCGCUGUCUGGCAACAGCACGAACUACGGCACAUCCAGGGAAGCCAAGAAGGAGGCGGACGUCACCACAGUGACGGUGGCGUCGACGCCGUCUCUGCCGCAAGCGGCGAACCAGUCCUACAACUUCCAGCUCCCGGCGGCGAACCAGCCCUGCACCUUUCAGCCCCCAGCGGCGAAUGCACCCUGCAGCCUCCAGCUACCGGCGGCGAGCAAUGGGAUGUUCGAACUGCCCAGCCUACAGCUCCCGGCUUCGAGCCACGGAGUGUUCGACUGGCUGCAGGAGCCGUUCCUGACGCAGCUGCGGAGCCCGUGGCAGGAUCAGCAUUGCCUGUCCCCCUACGCACAUCUGCUCUACUAUUGA